GCAGAGGAACUACCUGCACAGAGGAAAGGAAGAAGAAACGGUUCUAACCAUGAAAAGCAUCCACUCCCUGGCUGGCAUCCUCCUGGUCCUCGGCUUUGUCCAGAGCAGCUGGCAGGUUCCUCUGCACGAGGUUGAUGACAGCUCCAGUUUCGACGACACACUAUCCGAGGAGCCGAGGGAGCUGUCGAGCAUGAAGAGACACUCGGAGGGAACUUUCUCCAACGACUACAGCAAAUACCUGGAGGACAGGAAGGCGAAGGACUUUGUCCGGUGGCUGAUGAACAACAAAAGGAGUGGCGCUGCAGAAAAGCGACACGCCGAUGGGACCUUCACCAGUGACGUGAGCUCCUACCUCAAGGACCAGGCAAUCAAAGACUUUGUUGCCAAGCUCAAGUCUGGACAAGUCAGAAGAGAAUCUGAGCAGGACAGGUGGGGGGAAGCGCUCAGCAGGAGGCAUGUAGAUGGAAGCUUCACCAGUGAUGUGAACAAGGUGCUUGACUCCAUGGCCGCGAAGGAAUAUUUACUCUGGGUCAUGACCUCCAAGCCUUCAGGGGAGAGUAAGAAAAGACAAGCGGACCAGUGA